UUGUAGAUGUCUGCGAAAUGGUACAGUCAAUAUUACACGCGAUGCCUGGAAAAGGGCAAGCAACUACUCGUGGAAAUAACUGUAAUCAAUUUGCAUUAACGUUAUGUUGUCUCGGAAAAAAGGGUCGACGAUUAUCGAAAAAGUGGAUCGAACAUAUAGAAAAACAAAAAGAACUCAAUGAAUAG